AUGAUUAUGUUUCCUCAUUUUAAGAAGAUUUUGUGUAUUUUGAUAUUUAUCCUGAUUGAAGAAAACCUUCCAUCAUUAACAGCACAAACCUACUUAUCUUUAGGAGAAAUCCAAGAACCCGAGAGUGCAGUUUCUUUUCUCCCGACUGACUCAGAAUCUGCAGACCCUUCUCUGUCUAUGGAAAAGAAACAACUUCUGGACCACAGAGAGGCCGAGAUUCAGUGGUUGCUCAGAAGAAGGCGAUCCACCCUGUUUCCUAAUGGAGUAAAAAUCUGCCCAGAUGAAAGUAUUAUAGAGGCUGUGGCAAACCAUGUAAAGUAUUUUAAAGUCCGAGUGUGUCAAGAAGCUGUCUGGGAAGCUUUCAGGACUUUUUGGGAUCGACUUCCUGGGCGUGAGGAGUAUCGUUACUGGAUGAAUUUGUGUGAGGAUGGAAUCACAACUAUAUUUGAAAUGGGCACAAAUUUUAGUCAGUCUGUGGAACAUAGAAGCUUAAUUAUGAAGAAACUGGCAUACACAAAGGAAACUGUAAGCAGCCCUGAAUUGUCAUCUCCAGUUCCUGUUGGUGAUACCUCAACAUUGGGAGGUGUUGUUCUCAGUGUUCCAUAUCUAGAGGUCACCUCCUACGAAGGUACCUUAGAGAGCAGCUUGGAGAGGCCGGAGGAGAGCAUUAGCAAUGAAAUUGAGAGUGUGAUCGAAGAAUCUACAGAACCAGCAGCUGAGCAGAUUGCAGAAUUUAGUAUCCACCUUUUGGGGGAGCAAUACAGGGAAGAACUACAGGAUCCCUCCAGCUUCUACCACCAGCACUUUGUAGAAGUGUUCGUUUCAGAGGUUGGAAACGCAUUUACUGGGUUACCGGGCUACAAGGACAUCCGUGUACUUGACUUUAGAUCCCCCAAGGAAAAUGGCAGUGGCAUUGAUGUCCACUAUGCAGUAACCUUCAAUGGUGAGGCCAUCAGUAAUACUACCUGGGACCUAAUCAGCCUUCACUCCAACAAGGUGGAAAACCAUGGUCUUGUGGAAUUGGAUGAUAAGCCCACUGCUGUUUAUACAAUUAGUAACUUCAGAGAUUAUAUUGCUGAGACACUGCAUCAGAAUUUUUUGCUGGGGAACUCCUCUUUGAAUCCAGAUCCUGAAUCCCUUCAGCUUAUCAAUGUGAGAGGAGUUUUACUACCCCAAACUGAAGACCUGGUUUGGAACACCCAAAUUUCAAGUCUUCAGGCAACCUCACCAUCUAUUCUGGAUAAUACCCAUCAAGCUGAAUGGCCCUCAGCAGAUGAAUCCACCACCAGCAGUAUUUCACCACUUGAUUUCAGCUCUGGUCCUCCCUCAGCCACUGGCAGGGAACUCUGGUCAGAAAGCUCUUUGGGUGAUUUAGUGUCUACACCCAAAUUAGCCUUUCCCUCGAAGGUGGGCCUCAGUUCUUCCCCAGAGGCUUUAGAGGUUAGCAGCCUGACUCUUCAUUCUGUCACCCCAGCAGUGCUUCAGACUGGCUUGCCUGUGGCUUCUGAGGAAAGGACUUCUGGAUCUCACUUAUUAGAAGAUGGUUUAACCAAAGUCGAAGGGUCAGAAGAUUUUCUUUCUAUUGAUCCAUUGCCUUCAAGCCCACUCACUCUUCUUGUGCCAAAAGAAACAAUACCAUCCUUGGAAGACUCUGGGGUGUCUCUGACAUCCUCCCCAUAUCUGGUCUCCUCUGUCACAUUAGAUCUUCUUGCUAAAGGAGUAACUACACCUUUUGGCUUGGACUCUUUGGCCUCCAAAGUCAAAGGCAAAUUAGAAGUGAACACUUUGAUGCCAGACACAUCUGUGGAAAAAGAGUUUAUAUUUGAGAGUGGCUUAGGUUCAGGGUCUGGGGAAAAGGUGAAUCUGAUUACUUGGCCAUGGAGUGAGACUUCAUUAGAGAAGAGCACUGAACCACCGUCCAAGUCAUGGCUUGAAGAUGAGGAUUCACUUUUGCCAAGUGAAGGUGUCGAUGAGAAACUAGUUAUAGAUGACAAAAUAGAGUCCACAGACCCAAGUACUGAGCAUUCAAAAUAUGGGCAUUUUGAUAGAUCCACAAAGUCUGCAGAGGAAGAGCCCCUUGGUGGACUUACUGUGCCCAUCUUUGUAGAAAGCACAACUCAACCUGCAUCUCUAAUUCUUUCCAAGCAUACAUCAGAGGGACCUGACAUUGAUUAUUACUCUGUUACCAAAGCAUCUCUACUGACAGCUAUCGCAAUCUCUGCUUCUACUGAUAAACCAGAUCAAGUAGAACCCUUUCUAAAGGAGGACAUGGAACAAACUGCAGAGUCAUCCAGUUAUGAAUGGUUUGAUAGCAAGAGUUCAGUAGUGAAGCCAGAUAUGCGACCUUUGUGGACCAUAUUGCCAGAAUCAGAUGUAUUUUGGGCAAAAACUUCUUCCCUAGGGAAGGUGUCCAGAGACACGUUGGCAAGUACACCAGAGAGUAUUGACAAACUCUGGUUGAAAGCUUCCAUGACACAGUCUACCAAAUUGCCUCCAAGUACAAGCCCCACCCUGGUGGAGGAUGAAGUAAUUAUGGGCGUUCAGGAUAUUUCAUUAGAACUGGACCGGAUAGGCACUGAUUACUAUCAGCCUGAGAUAAUUCCAGAGGAAAAUGGCAAGGUUGGUAGUUAUGUGGAAAUGUCUACAAAUCUUCACUCCACAGAGAUGGCUAUUGUGGCUCGGCCCACAAAAAGAGGUGACUCAAAUCACACAAAGACCACAGGAGCUUUGCUGGUUUUCUUCAGCCUCCGAGUGACUAACAUGAUGUUUUCAGAAGAUCUAUUUAAUAAAAACUCGUUGGAGUAUAAAGCCCUGGAGCAAAGAUUCUUAGAAUUGCUGGUUCCCUAUCUCCAGUCAAACCUCACAGGGUUCCAGAAUUUAGAAAUCCUGAACUUCAGAAAUGGCAGUAUUGUGGUGAACAGCAGAAUGAAGUUCACCAAGUCUAUCCCUCCUAAUGUCAACAGUGCUGUGUACAUGAUUCUGGAAGACUUUUGCACCACUGCCUACCAAACCAUGAACUUGGCUAUUGAUAAAUACUCCCUGGAUGUGGAAUCAGGUGAUCAAGCCAACCCUUGCAAGUUUCAGGCUUGCAAUGAAUUUUCCGAGUGUCUGGUCAGUCCCUGGAGUGGAGAAGCAGAGUGCAGAUGCUAUCCUGGGUACCUGAGUGUGGAAGAACUGCCCUGUCAGAGUCUCUGUGACCUGCAGCCUGACUUCUGCUUGAAUGAUGGAAAGUGUGACAUUAUGCCCGGACAAGGGGCCAUUUGUAGGUGCCGGGUGGGUGAGAACUGGUGGUACCGAGGGGAGCACUGUGAGGAGUUUGUGUCCGAGCCCUUGGUGAUAGGCAUCACCAUCGCCUCCGUUAUUGGGCUUCUCUUUGUCUCUUCUGCUGUCAUCUUCAUCCUUGUCAGGACUCUUCAAGCUCAGAAUGUUAGGAGAGAAAGAGCAAGGCCCUUCAGUGGCUUCACCAGGCAUUCUGAUAGCCUCCCAUCCAUUGAAGAUGCUGUGAAGUACAACCCUGUGGGUGAAAGCCGCAUGGUCGGACAUGAGCUGUAUGAGGGGCCAUAUCCUCAGCCUCCCUUCUAUGGCUCUGCAGGUGGAGGGGUGAUUGGUGGUCUGAGCAGGGAAGAAAUCAGACAAAUGUAUGAGAACAAUGGGCUUUCCCGAGAG